AUGACCGAGUUCGAGCUUACAUUCUCGUACAAGAUUGAAGAGAUGCUAAGCCGUAUCGCUCAUCCAGAAUAUCGCCAGCUGCUUGUUGAGGCUAUUUUCGGUAUCUGCGUAGCAGUGAUAAGCUCCUCGUUGAAAGCGAUAGCUUCGAAAAGUAAUUUGUCGAGAGUGUUUUACUCGUUUAACCUUCUUUCGGUGAUCGCAACAAUUCUGGAACGAAACCCGGAGAUAACAUUUGGAUCAGGACCGAUAGACUGUGAUGUGAGGAAAUAUGUUGAGGAGACUUUCGUAGCUCCGAUUUUAUAUAGUUUUCUUGCCUUGAACCUCAUUAAGAAAGCCUUCUACAUUUACGCCGACCAGGAAAAAAUCUCGGACAAGGAAGACCUCACCCCAUUCUAUCAGCUCGAAAACAUCUCGAUGCAGACGUCUACUGCAACUUAUCUAGCUAAAAUUAGCUCAAAUCUUGACAUUUGUUUUGACUCACUGAAGUCUUUAAAGGCUUCGAGUCAAGGUUAA